AUGUUUGGGAUGCUGCUCGUAACCUACGAUGCCGGGCAGCCCAGUCCAGCUGUGCUGACUCUUCCUACCCUCUUCCCAGCUGUGUCUCCAGAAACAAGGAGCUCUGCUGGACACCACACCGGUCUCUUUGAGCAGGAAGGUGGAAAAGGCGGCGGGAGGGCAGAAGCGCGGCCGCGGCAGCUCCGCGUUGCGGGAGAUGAGCCCGCCGUGCGCUGCGCCGCGAAGCCGAACCGCCGCGGCUCCGCCUUUCGCCGAGUUUUGACGGGAACGCCGAAGUCGGGAGGGCAGAGAUGCAGCCCGCGGGAGCGCUGGGCUCACAAGGUGGUUGCAAGUUACAAACCUUCAAAGUUUGACAAAAAAAUCCUCCUCUGGACUGGACGUUUCAAGACUGAAGAAGAAAUUCCUCCGAGGAUCCCGCCGGAGAUGCUGGACAGGGCAAGGAACAAAGCUCGAGUUAAAGCCUGUUACAUCAUGAUCGGACUCUCCGUCGUUGCCUGUUUUGCAGUGAUUGCUUCAGCUAAAAAGGCUGCUGCGCGUCACGAGUCCUUAACAAGCUGGAACUUGGCAAAGAAGGCCAAGUGGCGGGAAGAGGCUGCACUAGCAGCGGAGUCGAAGACAAAGUAA